ACACCAUUAUCAGAAUCUAAAAAAUGAGCAUUGAGAGGAGUCAAGUGGACUGUGAAGGACCAAAAGAUGGUAAAACCUAUGUCAUGUACCAUGGCACAACGAGGGCAAAUGCUCGGUCGAUCCAGUCUUCAGGUUUUCGCCAGUCUUCGAAUGGGAUGCUCGGUCGGGGCGUGUACCUCAGCAGGGACCUGAAGAAAGCGAGUCGCUAUCCCAUCGGUCACCCUGAGCAUGACAGGGUUGUCAUUAAGGUUCAGGUCAACGUGGGAAAGGUCAUCACCAUCAAUCGCCAGAAUCACCCACUUCAGAAGACUUGGCAUGACCGAGGAUAUGACACCGCCUGGGUACCACCCAAAUGUGGGAUGGUGACAAGUGGCCUGGAAGAGGACUGCGUCUGGGAUCCCAAGCAAAUCACAAUCCUUGAGACCAUUGAACCAAAAUCUCAGAGCGUGACUCGAAUGGACCGUGAAGGACCAAGAGAUGGUAGAACCUACGUCAUGUACCAUGGCACCACCAGUGAGAGUGCUCGACUGAUCCGGGCUUCAGGUUUUCGCCAGUCUUCGGACGGGAUGCUCGGUCGGGGCGUGUACCUCAGCAGAGACCUGGAGAAAGCGAGUCGCUAUCCCAUCGAUCAUCCUGAGGAUGACAGGGUUGUUAUUAAGGUUAAGGUCAAUGUGGGAAGGGUUAAAGCCAUCGAUCGUCAGUACCACCCACUUCAGAAGAAGUGGCAUGAAGAAGGAUACGACACCGCCUGGGUGCCGCCCAACUGUGGGAUGGUGAAGAGCGGCCUGGAGGAGAAUUGUGUUUGGGACCCGAAUCGAAUCUCAAUCAUUGGCACCAUCAAACCAAAACCUAGGUCUCAGGUCCAACAUGACGUAAAAAUGAGCUUCCAGUGGGCUGAAGAUGACUUCCUGCCUCCAGGGGUGAUACGAGUGGAUUGUGAAGGACCAAGAGAUGAUAAAAUCUACGUCAUGUACCAUGGCACCGACAGUGCGAGUGCAAAAAGCAUCCUGAUGACAGGUUUUCGCCGGUCUUCGAAGGGGAUGCUCGGUUGCGGCGUGUACCUCAGCAGAGACCUGGAGAAAGCGAGUCGCUAUCCCAUCGAUCAUCCUGAGUAUGACAGAGUUGUCAUUAAAGUUAUUGUCAACGUGGGAAGGGUGAUCGUCAUCAACCAUCAGGACCACCCACUUCAGAAGACCUGGCAUUACCAUAACUACGACACCGCCUGGGUGCCGCCCGGCUGUGGGAUGGUGAAGAGCGGCCUGGAGGAGAAUUGUGUCUGGGAUCCGAAGCGAAUCACAAUCAUCGGCACCAUCAAACCAAAACCUGUCCAGGGCGCUGGAGGCAGCGCAUGGGGCUAUAGGUAAACUCCAGGAGCAGGUUCUGAUGAUUUUGUACGUUCAAAUGUAUUUUUAUAUAUUUGGAUAAAAUAAAUGACAUGUUCUUCUGUAAACGCGUCACUGUAACCCGAGGAAUAAACGUGUCAUUAAAGUCAGUUGCUCUCUG